AUGACCUGUCUGUUUUCAUGUUCUUCUUUAAUUUUGCAGAUAUGUAAGGAGGAAAAAGUUUCAGGACAGUUGAAGCUACCAGUAGGUAAUGCUAUGGAACGUGCGGCAAAGUACACUGGUGUAUCUGAGCGCACCCUUUACAGGAUACAAAAAGAAGAGCCGACACAGCAACGCAAAACAAGAACAGACAAAGUAACCAUUGACGACUUUGACCGAGCUGUCGUCCGACGCACAGUGCACGAAUUCCUAGUUUACCGGAAGCAAUUACCAACUAUAAAAAGUUUGAGAAAAUCAUUGAAAGAGAAGAUUGGCUACAUAGGAGGAAAGGAACAUCUCCGCAGAACAUUGCAUGAAUUGGGUUUCAGAUGGAGAAAAACGACAAACAACAGAAGACUAUUAAUGGAAAGGACCGACAUAGUUUUGGCUAGAAUAAACUUCCUGAAGAAGAUCAAGAAAUUCCGAGAAGAUGGGAGGACGAUUGUAUAUACCGAUGAGACUUUUGUCCAUUCAAGCCAUACAUUUCACAGAUCAUGGCAGUCCGAUGAUGUUGGACUCCGCGUUCCUUUCAGUAAAGGGCAGCGGAUGAUAAUAGUUCACGCUGGGACUGAGACUGGUUUCGUCAAGGGUGCCGAACUAGUUUUCAAGUCGCAAUCGCACACAGGCGAUUAUCAUGACGAAAUGAACAGUACCAAUUUUAUGAAAUGGCUACAAGAAAAAUUACUACCAAACCUGCCUCAGAGAUCUGUGCUGAUCGUUGACAACGCACCUUAUCACAAUAUUCAAACAGAUAAAUGCCCAACAACUGCAACACGCAAGAGCGACAUUCAAGGUUGGUUGAGACGGCACAACAUCGACUUUGACGAGAAGCUGUUGAAGGCGGAACUCCUUGACCUUUGCAAAAGGAACAAACCAUCACCAGAAUACUUGUUAGAUAGGAUAUUAAAGGAACAUGGUCAUGACUGCUUACGACUUCCGGCCUACCAUGCUGAUCUCAAUGCUAUCGAAUUUGUGUGGGCACAGCUAAAAGGAAUCAUUGGCAGACAUAACGUUACCUUCAGGACGUCGGACUUGGAGCAACACAUUUACGAUGCCAUCUCCACUAUAACCGAUGAGGAUUGGCAGUCAUGUUGUACUCAUGUGCAGAAAGUAGAACAGGAAUAUUGGAAAUCUGACAUUGCUGUAGCAGAGGACAUGGAUGGUAUAGUUAUUGAAGUUUGUUCUAGCGACGAGGACACAGACACUGCAUCUGAAGGAUAUGCAUCAGACACAGAUACUGCGGAUGAAGAUGAAGAUAACAUUUUGUUCAAUUGA